AUGGGAUUUUCAGGGGAUAUUGAAGGAGAUGAAGCCUGUGAUCGGCUUAUCAACGUGAACGAUGAGAUUCUCCAGAGAUCUGAUGUCGCCUUGAACGAGCACGCAAUUGGUCUGGAUUUGGAGAAAGAGAAGGCAGAGAAAAAGAACGAAAUUGCUGGCUCUAAGGUUGAUGUUAAGAAAUUUGCCAAUUAUGGAAACGCAAAGGUUUCUUUCCAUAUAGAAACGAUAAAGAAGCCUCAAGAGGAGUAUAGAAUUUCGGUGAACAACUCGAAUUUGCCGUUUGAGCAUAUUUGGUUAGAGAAGAGCGAGGAUAGUCUCCGCUUUGUUCAUCCACUGGAGAGACUUUCUUUGAUGGACUUUGUUGAUAAAAAUAUAACAGAGAUGAAACCUGUUAAGCCCCUCCCGUUGGAAGGGACUCCAUUCAAGCCUGUUGAAGAAGUCAAUGAUCUGAAGGAUUUAGCUGCUAAAUUGAGUAGUGUCGAAGAGUUUUCUGUGACACUCUUUGGUGGUGGAUGUAUGAAGUUUGAUUAUGUUAUGAGUUUUGUUCAUUUAACUGUUGAUCUGGAGCAUAAUCAGUAUAGAUCUUUUCAAGGAUUAACAUGCUUGAUGCAAAUCUCUACCAGAACCGAGGACUAUGUAGUUGAUACUUUCAAGCUUUGGAAUCACAUUGGUACAUAUCUCAGGGACAUCUUCAAAGAUCCUAAAACGAAAAAGGUAAUGCAUGGAGCAGAUCGAGAUAUUAUUUGGCUUCAACGGGACUUCGGCAUAUAUGUCUGCAAUCUCUUUGAUACAGGACAGGCCUCAAGGGUGUUGAAGCUGGAGAGAAAUAGUCUGGAAUUUCUUCUAAAGCAUUAUUGUGGAGUUGCUGCAAAUAAACAGUACCAAAAUGCAGACUGGAGAAUACGACCCCUUCCAGAUGUAAUGACAAGAUAUGCUAGAGAAGAUACGCAUUAUCUUUUGUACAUUUACGAUGUAAUGCGAAUAGAUCUGCACACAAUGGCAAGGGCAGACGAGCAAGCCGACUCUCCUCUGAUAGAGGUCUACAAGCGCAGUCAUGAUGUGUGCAUGCAGUUAUAUGAGAAAGAGCUUUUGACCAGGAAUUCAUAUCUUCACAUUUAUGGGGUUCAGGCAGCUAAUUUCAAUGCGGUUCAACUUGCCAUUGUUGCGGGCCUUUGCCAGUGGAGGGAUCGGAUUGCCCGUGAAGACGACGAGAGCACCGGUUAUGUAUUGCCAAAUAAAACUCUUCUUGAUAUAGCUAGGGAUAUGCCAAUUAAUGCUGGCAAGUUGCGACGAGUGCUGAAGUCAAAGCUUCCUUACAUCGAUCGUAACGUUGACGCGGUGGUCAAUGUCAUCAGACGAUCAAUGCAAAAUGCAGCGGCAUUCGAGGCAGUUGCUCAAACUUUGAAAACGUCGCGUCUUGGACCUAAGAAAAUUGAAAGUACGUUUGAGGAAACAGGCAAAGAAGCUGCAGCGGCAUCUCGGAGUUUAAAGAAGUUUUUGCCGGUUAAAAGUAACAUAGGGGUCGUCAGCACCACGAGCUUGGUUGGUGUAGAAAAGGUCUCUGUGGAUGUUUCAAAGAAACAAACCAGUGGUUUCGGAGCUUUGCCGUCAAAGAGGAAGUUUGAAAGUGAUAACAAGGCAAAAGAAGAGGUCAAAGUAUUCAAAUCGAUGCCAAAUGAGGUAACAAUAGUGGUGGAUGAUGAUGUUGAGUCUGAUGAAGACACCUCGGAAACCGAUGAUGCUGCGGAUAGACUGUCAGAAACGCCUUUUAAGGUGCCGGAUAUUUCACUGACUCCAACCCCAAAGGCAUGUGGUCCGGAUAUUAUAGUGUUAUCCGAUGAUGACUCCGACGAUGAUGCCUCAGAUAACGACUCAGAAACUGGAGAUGGUAUGAAAACGGAAGAUGAAGGGAUGAAUCUGAGAAGUAAGGAGCAGGGAAGAUUCAUGAGUAUGAAACCGGGGUUUCUCGACAUUUAG